AUGGAUGUGGACUCUGAAUCUGAUGGCUCAGUGCCGGCCAUCCGUUCGCUCAGUUGCAUCAUCGUUGAAGUUGAAGUUGAAGCCGCAGUAAAAUCUCUGAAGAAAGGCAAGUCGGCAGGAGUGGACAACAUUUCAUCAGAGCUGGUCCAGGCAGGAGGAGAGGCCAUGAUUGAUAUGUUACUCAUCAUCUGCAACAAGAUCUGGCAGACAGGAGAGUGGCCAUCACCUUGGACUCAGUCCCUGAUCAUCACUCUCCCGAAGAAGGGCAACUUACAACUAUGCCAAAACUACCGUACCAUCAGCCUGAUCAGUCAUCCAAUUAAGGUCAUGCUAAGAAUCCUCAUCAAUAUACUGAAGCCACAAGCUGAGGAGAUCAUCAAAGAAGAACAGGCUGGUUUCAGAGCAGGAAGGAUCACAACUGAGCAAAUUCUAAAUCUAAGAAUACUCUGUGAGAAGUACCUGCAACACCAGCAAAACCUCUACCACGUCUUCGUGGACUUCAAGAAGGCGUUUGACAGAGGCAUGCAGCUUUGUGGGCAACCAUGA